AUGUACUGUGUUUCAGGUACCAGUGGAGUGAAAGUGAUUCAUGUGUUCUGUAGUGAUGGAGUAAAUGUCACUCUGCCCUGCAUUAAUGCUCCUCCUGACUGCACAUUAACAACAUGGAUGCAUUAUAAAGACAGCAAAACUGGAGUUAAACUGUUUACUAAAGGAAUAAAGAUCAUGGACCAUAAAAGAUUGAGUCUGGGGUCUGACUGCUCUCUGAACAUCUAUAAAACCACAAAGAAAGAUCAUGGGCUUUACAAUUGCCAGAAACAAAUGGAUAGGACUGAUCAAUACACUGUUCCCAAUGUUUAUCUGCAUUUUCUUCAUGUGUCUUUAUCAUCCACACAGACUGAGAUUAAAGCAGGCAGAUCUGUCACUCUCUCCUGUCAAUUAUAUUCAAUAGAUAAAUAUAGUUGUGAGCGUUUGCUCCAUGAGGAUAGAUUUCAGAUGAUCUGGGUGAAUGAGUCUGAUGUUAAUCUUCAAUCAGACUCCAGAUAUCAGAUCUCAUCUUCAACAAAACACUGUAACAGCAGUCUGACUACAACACUCCUGAAUGAAGACAACAACAGAGAGUUAAGAUGUCAGAUUAUUACAGGAACUGAAGUUAAGACCUCAGACAGAUACACUGUCAAGUAUUUGGACAGUAAGACUGUGAGUGGAUUAAGAGUGAUUAUCAUCAUUGUUGAGUUUGCAGUACUGACAGCACCUACUGUUAUUCUUCUCUUGAUCAUCUGUGAAAGGAGAUCUGAGAAGUAGAGACGAACUCACAACAUCUAAACAAUUGACAGACAAAUCCAAAUGUCAUUUAUUUGCCCUUCUGUUCAAGUCUAAACUGUUGUUUAUUAAAGCAUCAUAGCUCUAUUUCUA